CAUUUACUUACGGAGCCUCUUAAUUGUGGUGCUCAUCGACUCGACAGUGUAGCGGAAAUACCGAUCUCUCUUUUCUCGAACGUCUUGCCGUGGUUUUACGAAGAAAAUAAUUACGAGGAAAAUAAUUUUGUUUUCGCGUGCGACAGAUAUCGAACUAGAUCCACGCUUCGAGCGAUCAGCCCAUCCGACAGUAUUCGCCGUUUUGUUGAGGUGACUCAACGUGCCAAAUGUGCGCGCUGUACUGUCGGUAAACAGGGUAUAAAAACUUUGUAGAGAACUCUUGGAAGUAUUAUGCUCUGUUUACUUACGGUACGGUUGCGACAGAAUCAUCCGACGGAUCGCCGACGGCGAGCGGAAUCCAGACGGAAGGACUCUGCUGGCACGCUCGAUUUUCGCGAGUCCCAUAUUCCAGCAUAACUCAGCCGUGUUGUAGCGAGGCAUUAUGCUAGAAAUAUGAGGUAUCGCGAAUGCACGGUAGAACCUCUGCGAGGAUCUGAGCUGAGUCGCUCGCACGCCACCGCGGCUCCUCGUGAUAGCGGAAUGCGCGAGGAUGCAUCUCGAGGUGACCUGUGAAACGUAAAAUUCACCAUUUUCUCGCCACUUACCGGAGAUCGAGCGAGUGCCGCGAGAACGAACGUGAAGCGCGCUUUAUCUGCGUACUUGCGAUUUAUCUACACAGCGGGGAACCAUUUUUACCGGUUAAUUUUUUUAGAUCGUCACGAUAACAAUACAGAUACUCGUGUUUCACCUGGACGCUUGAAGGACGCGAUAACGAUGUAAUCGUAGCGGAUGAUGGCGGAGUGCACUCAAUCUCUCCUUCUCGUCCGUCGCGCCAUUUUAAUAACCCAAGUUGCAGCCGCUCGCGCCGCAGUGGUCAUUAGGUGCGCAUCUGUGCAACGUCCGGAAGAUAUUUUCGCAAUUCUCAGCGGGGUUAUCGAUCCCCUCGACCCUGUGACAAUUAUUGUUAUUAUUGUGCGCUACAGAUGCGCAUACAGUCGUGGUAUCGUGACGACAAUUCACGCGAAGAAUUCACCGAGCGCGGACGAUACGAGCCACGUUAUUAAUUUCGCGGCCGCGUCCUCGUCGACCCCUGCGGUGUCGCGAACGCGUUUCUCGCGCGUAUAUCUGCUGCAGGCACGCGAUAGAGGAGAGAGAGGAGAGGAGAGGAGAGCUCGGGAGGCACACAAUUUCGAAAAGAGGCGACUGUGAAAAUCUGCGAGGAAGAUGCGCGUGGCGGUAGUCGGCGCCGGUGUAAUAGGAGUAACGAGCGCGCUCGCGGUGAAAAGCGCUUUUCCGAACUACCACGUGAAGAUCUUCGCCGACGCGUUUUCACCCGACACCACCGGCGAUGGGAGCGCCGGUCUGUGGAGUCCUUUUUUUCUCUGUGACACGCCCGCCGAAGAUAUAUACCGAUGGGCCGGCCGCACUCAUCGCUGGCUCGAGCAAUUGUGGAAAGCUGGAUUAUCAUCGGAGACCGGCGUCUCUCUGAUACCCGUAAUUCGCGUUAUCAGCGGUAACGAGUGCGACACCGAUCUGGCAUGGCUGAAACUCGUCUACGGCGCUCAGGAACUCAGCGGCGAGCAAUUACGGCGUCUGAACGAGGAGCACAAGUCUAAUUACAAGAUGGGACGGCACUUUUUAACGUACACCUCCGAGCCGGUUCUACUGUUGCCGUGGCUCAUGAAAAAGUUCAGUAAUCUGGGCGGAGAGAUGGAGAGGAGGAAGGUGAAAGCGUUGCACGAGCUGGCCGAGGAAGGGUACGAUUUGAUAAUAAAUUGCAGCGGACUCGGUGCACGAGAACUCGUCCCGGAUAAAACGGUGACACCUAUCAGAGGUCAGGUAUACAAGCGUCGAGGACGUCGUGCUGGGUGGCACGCAUCAAGAGGACGAUUUCGACUGCACCGUUCGCGAAGAGGACUCGAAGCGCAUUCACGCUGGAUGCUGCCGCCUGAUGCCGUCCUUAAAGGCAGGUCGGAUGAGUCGCGCGUGGGUGGGCCUUCGGCCGGGACGGCCGCGGGUUCGUCUGGAAUGCGAAAAUGUCCGCGCGGCCGGGGGAAAGGAGUUCAAGGUGAUACACAAUUACGGCCACGGUGGAAGUGGCGUGACGCUAUGCUGGGGGUGUGCCGUGGACGUCGUCGAAAUGAUGAGGAACUUGAAAGUACCCGAAUUAAACUCCAAACUGUAACUCCAGGGACAGAGCGAAUAAACUUUUUAUACUUGGUACAUUUUUAUACAGCCGCAUAGAGCCGCGGCUGCUUUCAGCCUUCCUCCUAAUCCGUCCCCCGCGUCGCGUACCGCGCGCGGUUGAAAGGCUCGUGUCGUUGAAUAUUAUUCCCGCCGGAUUCUCUCCUCCUCUCUGCGCGCGCUCUUUUAAUUGUCGGCUGAAAUUUUCAGGCCGGGAUUAAACUUGCAUCGGAUUCUUGCUCUCUAUAUCCCUACAACGCGCGCGCGAAUGAACACUCACCUCGUUCCUCGUCCGUUUUUCGCGCUGCUCCGCGUCGCUGUUCUACUCGCUGUUCUCAACACUUGAUCGAUAUCGCGGCAAUUCUUACCUCGGCUCCCGGUAACCCGCGUAAGAACGGCAAAAAGUCAACGUAAUUAAACGUCAAGAAACAAGGCGUAAGCGCGCGAGCGCGCGAGCGUUCGAUCUGCCGCGCAGCAACCUAUUUAAAGUUUCGUGUCGUGAUUACUUCCGUAACUGCACAAUUUCUAAAUAUGGUCGUCGCACUGUAAUUAAAGCACCAAACCGAACUACCGAGAUACCUUACAUGUCGACCGUGCCGCAGUAGUCGCGUCAAGCCAGACGUCGUCGCGACGCGUGUCCCAGCCCAGUCGCAGCGCCGCGAUCCCUAUCGGUCUCUCGCCUAUUUUCCCUGGCGAAAGCAGCGCAGUGUCGUCUUAUCGUCUUAUCUUAGUGUUUCGUCGAGAUUAAGCGGGAAUAUCGCGAAUAUCGACAGGUACGCACACUAUACACGCACAGCUAUACACGGAUUGGAGAUGUCUCUCCCGUGUCUUCGAAAAGUCUCGAGCCAAUU